UAACCACCCUGUUACAGAGGCAAUCCGAAUCUCACGAUUUAUAGCUGGCUAGACUAACAUCCUUCCUAGACGUGGUUAUCUAGGGAAGUGACCCUUUGGAGUUUUAAAUAAUCGAAGGACGACAGUGCCCGGUGGCCUAGAUGACGAGCACAGCAGCGGAGGAUAUUUUGACAAGGGGCCAAAAUGCUGCCUAGUACAUUCCUUACUGGACCUUUGCGUAUCAUCUUGGUGGGGAUCCUUGGUAUAGGAGGAUUUCUGACGCUGUUUGUAAUGUACUAUCAAUCAGCUCCAUCUCAGAUCUGCCCUCCCCAGCCUGCUUUGCCACGUCAUUACUCAAAGCCAUCUGAGAACAGCUCCUUGUCUAAGAAGCAGCCAGAGCCAGACAAGCCCAUCAUGCUGUUGUGGUUCUGGCCUGAAAACCGCAGGUUUGAUUUUAGUGAUUGCACCACUUUCUUCAACAUUGAUGGCUGCCAACUGACAGAUGACCGGUCUCUGUACAACAAGGCAGACGGGGUGCUCAUCUUUCACAAAUCCAUCAAACAUGAUUUAUCCAACUUGCCUCCAUCACCUCGACCACCAUUCCAGAAGUGGAUCUGGUAUCAUGUGGAAUCACCUACAAACACAAUUAGGAUACCUGGUCUAGAGAACCUUUUCAACUUGACCUUGAGUUAUAGGGAAGAUGCAGACAUCCCUGUACGUUGGCGCUUAACUGCAAGGAAAGGUCAGGGUGAGGACUUUGUGCUGCCCAAGAAGGAUAAAUUAGUUUGCUGGAUUGUGAGUAACAAUAACCCUGCAACUGGAACAGCCGUAAGGGAUAACUAUUACAGAGAACUUGUCAAACAUAUUAAGGUGGAUGUCUUUGGAAAAGCCUUUGCAAGAUUCUUGAGAUAUGAGGACUACUACUCAACACUCUCCAGCUGUAAGUUCUACCUCUCCUUUGAGAACUCAGUCCACAGAGACUACAUCACUGAGAAGCUUAACGGACCACUUGCAGCAGGAACAGUGCCAGUAGUAUUGGGCCCACCGAGACAGAACUAUGAGGACUUUGUCCCGGGAGAUUCCUUCAUCCAUGUUAAUGAUUUUCCCAAUGCAAAAGCCCUGGCUGAAUUCCUCCUGAAGUUGGACAAGGAUGAUGAGGCAUAUCUGCGCUACUUUCAGUGGCGUAGAAACUUAUUUGCUCAGAAACAUCUAAUUCAACUGAGUCAAGAGUUCAUCCAAUCUAUUUGUUAUGCCUGUGACCAUAUAGGAAAACAUAAGGAGUACAGGGUUGUGCACAAUAUUUACAAAUGGUAUUUUGGUUAAUCAGACUUACACCCUCUUCUGUGUACAGUGGGGCAAAAAAGUAUUUAGUCAGACACCAAUUGUGCAAGUUAUCCCACUUAAAAAGAUGAGAGGCCUGUAAUUUUCAUCAUAGGUACACUUCAACUAUGACAGACAAAAUGCGAGAGAGAAAAAAAUCACAAAUCACAUUGUAGGAUUUUUAAUGAAUUUAUUUGCAAAUUAUGGUGGAAAAUAAGUAUUUGGUCAAUAACAAAAGUUUCUCUCAAUACUUGUUAUAUACCUUUUCUUGGCAAUGUCAGAGGUCAAACGUUUUCUGUAAGUCUUCAAAGUUUUCGCACACUGUUGCUGGUAUUUUGGCCCAUUCCUCCAUGCAGAUCUCCUCUAGAGCAGUGAUGUUUUGGGGCUGUUGUUUGGGAGUUUCAACUCCCUCCAAAGAUUUUCUAUGGGGUUGAGAUCUGGAGACUGGCUAGGCCCCUCCAGGACCUUGAAAUGCUUCUUACGAAGCAACUCCUUCGUUGCCCGGGCGGUGUGUUUGGGAUCAUUGUCAUGCUGAAAGACCCAGCCACGUUUCAUCUUCAAUGCUCUUGCUGAUGGAAGGAGGUUUUCACUCAAAAUUUCACGAUACAUGGCCCCAUUCAUUCUUUCUUUUACACGGAUCAGUCGUCCUGGUCCCUUUGCAGAAAAACAGCCCCAAAGCAUGUUUCCACCCCCAUGCUUCACAGUAGGUAUGGUGUUCUUUGGAUGCAACUCAGCAUUCUUUGUCCUCCAAACAUGACAAGUUGAGUUUUUACCAAAAAGUUAUAUUUUGGUUUCAUCUGACCAUAUGACAUUCUCCCAAUCUUCUGGAUCAUCCAAAUGCUCUCUAGCAAACUUCAGACGGGCCUGGACAUGUACUGGCUUAAGCAGGGGGACACAUCUGGCACUGCAGGAUUUGAGUCCCUGGCGGCGUAGUGUGUUUGUUACUUUGGUCCCAGCUCUCUGCAGGUCAUUCACUAGGUCCCCCUGUGUGGCUCUGGGAUUUUUGCUCACCGUUCUUGUGAUCAUUUUGACCCCACGGGGUGAGAUCUUCCGUGGAGCCCCAGAUCGAGGGAGAUUAUCAGUGGUCUUGUAUGUCUUCCAUUUCCUAAUAAAUGCUCCCACAGUUGAUUUCUUCAAACCAAGCUGCUUACCUAUUGCAGAUUCAGUCUUCCCAGCCUGGUGCAGGUCUACAAUUUUGUUUCUGGUGUCCUUUGACAGCUCUUUGGUCUUGGCCAUAGUGGAGUUUGGAGUGUGACUGUUUGGGGUUGUGGACAGGUGUCUUUUAUACUGAUAACAAGUUCAAACAGGUGUCAUUAAUGCAGGUAACGAGUGGAGGACAGAGGGGCCUCUUGAAAAAGUUACAGGUCUGUGAGAGCCAGAAAUUUUGCUUGUUUGUAGGUGACCAAAACUUAUUUUCCACCAUAAUUUGCAAAUUCAUAAAAAAUCCUACAAUGUGCUUUUCAGGAUUUGUUUUCUUCUCAUUUUGUCUGUCAUAGUUGAAGUGUACCUAUGAUGAAAAUUACAUGCUUCUCAUCUUUUUAAGUGGGAGAACUUGCACAAUUGGUGGCUGACUAAAUACUUUUUUGCCCCACUGUAUGUCAAUUACCACCAUAUUAUCCUGUCAAUGUACCAUGUUCCAGGAUGGAAUUUGGUCACACCCAGCAACCCACCAUAGCAAUGUUCUAACAGUGCCUUUAUGACCUAUUACCUGUGUACACACUACCUGUAGGAGAAGUGUACCUGGAUGUCGACCUGUUCUUGCUAGGUUUUUAAGUGCCCGUUGUAAAAAUAUGACACCCGGAACCAUUCACAAUCUUAUGCAACAACAACCUCGGCGUUCUUUCCUGUUUGAAAUACUUCUUGAUUGUUUUAUCUUUUUUACAUGUUUUUUGAGCUGAAAUAAUUAUGUAAUAAAGUGAUCAAUGUAAUGAAAAUUGUCCAUGAAAUUAGAUAGUUACACACAGACUUGAAACUGAGUUUGGCUUGAAGAGCAGCUGCAGUGUACUGUAAAACAUCCUAUAAAUGCUAUGCCUCUUUUUUCUAGGGUGUGAAGUUUGGUACCACUGGAGGGAUAUGGUGUUUGUGUUAAAUAUAAUAUAUAUUACAUUUAUCUAUAAUUUAUUUUAACUAAGCAAGUCUGUUAAGAACACAUUCUUAUUUACAAUGACGGCCUACCUGGGAACAGUGGGUUAACUGCCUUGUUCAGGGGCAGAACAACAUUUUUACCUUGUCAGCUCGGGGAUUCGAUCCAGCAACCUAUCAGUUACUGAAGGUGUUUUUAUCUCCAUGUCUUAUAAUUUCUGGUUAACAAUUUACCUUUUACAGCAGUACGUGACAUCAGGGUCAAAGAGUGUUUCUUGGUCGUCUUAAACAAAUCUACUUUGAAACAGAAGUAUCCACCUCACACAUGGUUAUGGGCUUUACAAUAAAAAGACACCUGUGCCAUGUCAGACAUGCAUCAUAGAAGACUGAAAUAUAACACAACUGUUUGACAAAGCCACACUGGAUUUUAUGUGUAAAAGGAAAGAAAAAAAAUGUUUAAGAAAAAUAUGAAUAACAUGCCACCCAUGAGGGCAAUUUGUUCAUUUGACUGCAGGAAAGGCCUUGCUGUGAUUUUGUUUCUAUUUGAAUGUUUUCAUAAAACAAAUGGCAUCUUAGCAAAGAGCAGUGCUGUAAAGCACUUAAGUAGAAAUACUUUAAAGUACUAGUUAAAUAGUUUUGGGGGUAUCUGUACUUUACUAUUUAUAUUUUUGACUACUUUUACUUCACUACAUUCCUAAAGGAAAUAAUGUACUUUUUUUCCUUUAACUCAAAAGUACUCGUUGCAUUUUGAAUGGCUAGCAUUACAGCUGGUCCAGUUUACGCAAUUAUCAAGAGAACAUCCCUGGGCAUCCCUAUUGCCUUUUGAUCUAGCGAACUAACUAAACACAUGCUUAGUUUGUAAAUGAUGUCUGUGUUGGAGUGUGCCCCUGGUUAUUUGUAAAUAAAUGGUGAAUUAAAAAAAAA